AGCAUUUCAAAAAAAAAAACACCCUCUUUCUUUCCAAGAAUUAAAAUUAUCUCACCCUCAAAUCAAUAUUUAUAUUCCCUUUUUCAAACCUAGAGAAUGAAUAAGCAAAAGGUUGUUAUUAGGUUAUCCAUAAAUGGUCAUGAUAAAAAAUCAAGGUCCAAGGCUUUCAAAAUUGCUGUUUCUCAGCCAGGUGUGAAUUCAGCAGCUAUGAAAGGGGGAGAAAAUAACCAAUUAGAAGUGGAGGGGGAGCAAAUUGAUGCAGCAGUGCUAACCAAAUUGCUUAGGAAGAAAUUGAAGAAAGGAGCAGAGUUGUUAAGUGUUGGCCCUAUUGACAAGAAAGAUGAUCCAAAAAUAGAAUUAGUUCCAAUGAUGCAAUGGCCAUCUAAUAAUUAUUAUCCAUAUCAUGUUGUACCUCAAUAUCCAUUUUAUGAAGUUACAGAAUCAUAUCGAGGUGGUUGCUCAAUUUUCUGAAAGUAGUGUCGAUUUAUUGUCACAAUUCAUGAAGUAAUAUAUUGUUGGGUUUUAAAGGUGUGAAUAGGAAAUGAAGGGUUGUAACUUUGCCGAAGGGUUGUGACCUUUAUGAAAGGUAGUGUCUCUUCUAAAGGGUUGCGACCGUUUGAAAGGUUGUGCCUUUUCCAAAGUAUUGUUACCUUUUUGAAAUGUUGUCUUUUUUCCAAAGAGUUGUGACCUUUACUCUUUGUUGGCUAUAAAU